UUUCUUUCUCUAUAUGGGAACAAAAUCAUUAAGGAAAAAACUUGAAAAAUCUGAUUUUGGUAAAAUACAGAGAAGGGAGGAGACUAUAACUAUAAAAGGACACGGGAAAAGAUAAAGUUUCGAUUUUUUAGUUGUGGGUUUUUCUUUGAAACUCACCAAAAAAAUAAAACGAAAAACCUAACUCGCCAGAGCUCCGAUAACAGUUGAGAUUCCGAUGGACUCUUUGGGUCCGAGUCGGUUUGAUAUCUUCGAGAUUUACUGGCGAUUCUGUGAACUUAGAACAGGAAAUGCAUAUGUUUGUGGUGAAGAAGGCUACCGACAAGAUGAUGAAUCACAAAGAUCUAAGUUAUCGAGGGAGGCAUUGAAUCAGCUUUUAAAGAUGGUGGAGUCAAGGAUGAUCACAAGGACUGCAAUCUUUGAUGAACUUCUCAAGCUGAUGCUACAACUAGACUUGACGGUGGACUUUUCUGAAUUCUCGCGCUUCUAUGAUUUUGUUUUCUUUAUAUGCCGAGAAAAUGGUCAAAAGAAUAUUACUGUAAGCAGGGCAAUUGCUGCAUGGAGAUUAGUAUUAGCGGGCAGGUUUCGAUUGCUUAACCAAUGGUGUGACUUUGUUGAGGAAAAUCAGCAUCACAAUGUUUCUGAGGAUACUUGGCAGCAAGUUUUAGCUUUUAGUAGGUGUGUGCAUGAAAAUCUGGAAGGGUAUGAUCCUGAAGGUGCUUGGCCUGUUCUGAUUGAUGACUUUGUUGAGCAUAUGUACAGACUUUCAGGGUCCAACAAAGAUUCAAAUGUUUUCUGUAGCUGUGGUGAUUCAGAGUACCAGUUAUGCGCAGAUGAGGACACCUUGCCUGGCUUAAGAGUAUUUCCCGGGUUGAAGAGGAAAUUGCCUGAAUGUCCUGAGGAUGAAAUGGAGUCCUUAGAUUCACACUUCUCAAUCUCUCCAGACCUGAAUUGCACAUUGAAUUCUAAGAGAAGUAGGUCGAUCGCACACAGAUCAGCUAAAAGGGAAGAUAAUACUCCCCAGAAUUCAUCUGAUGACUGCAUGGAAAUUGUUAAACACAGUAGUCCAAUGGGUUCUUCCAAGUCUCUGUGUGCGAUUGAAGGUUACCUGUCUAAGGGUUUUGCUGGGCUCUUAUCGAGCCGGUCGUAUUUUGCAGUUUGAUCAGUAAAGAAGUAUUACCUAUACAUAAAGCUCCCACCCGAGUUACAAUUAUAGAAAGAAUAUGUCCUUUGCAAUUCAAUGAUUUAGAUAUAUUCAUAUGUUGGCUGGGGGUAAGAUAACAGUUUGCCAACAUUUUCGGAUGAUUUUGUGGGUUAAUUUCUUAAUUUUCUCUUGGGACGUUUGUGCGGUUGUCAUUUUUUUGUUUCUGGUACUUGAGGUUGUAAGGGUUUGAAUUGAAUGAUGUUAUUGAAAUUAAAAGUCUAGCAUAUUAUCAACU